CAGUUCGUAGCGCAAAAAUCUCGCUGGGGACGUCCCGCAUUUUUUUCGCUUACUUAAGAUUUCUUUAACUAACGCGAAUACAGUCUUACGGUUGCCGCCGACGUCGAUCUUGAUUCGCAGGAUCUUCGCUCGCGAUCGAUCUCGUGCGCGCCAUCCGCUUUAAUCGCACACGUCGCGUGGUCUCUGGCAUAUAUUACAAGGAAAAAUUUUGCGUAGUCAGUUUUUUCGCAGACAAUCACUGAUCUGUUGUUCGAAUCAACUACAAAAGUGCUAUUUGCCUACGAAUUUGUAGCGUUAACUUAUAACAAUGGUGGUCGAAAACAAUGGCGGAUUCUCACUCGAAUCAACAAGAUCUAAAUCAGGAUUUCCGCGUAACGAUUCUACUGAGAUUAUCAUAAGUUCUGUGGAUAGAAAGCCAAAUUGCACCGCACAACACAUAUUGAUCUCUGCAAUGGAUGCGAUUAAUCAUAUAUUGAUUGUAUUGGUGACGUUUUAUCUUGUGUAUCACGCAGCGAAGGAAUACUCCGUAACAAAUAUACACGUAAUCCUCUGCACUUUUGGUUAUGUUCUGUUGAUGUCGGAGGCCAUUAUCACCCUGACGAAUGAUAACAUGCUAACUACUUCUUUAUCGCGUCGUGCCAACAAACACCUUCACUGGAUUUUACAAGCUGUUGGGCUAAUUCUGAAUUUGGUCGGUGUAGGCAUGAUGUACAACGUCAAAUCGGUGCAUUUUCUCUCGAUCCAUGGUAUUACAGGCUUCACCUCACUGGUAAUCGUCCUUGUAGUGACAAUCUUCGGAUACCCAGUAUGGAUUGCAUGGAAACUUCGCAAAUUUGUAAAACCAGUGAUCAUCAAAUUUCUUCACAAUUUUCUGGGCCUCAAGGCUGAAAAAUUCUUUACCGGACUUCUAGCAUCAAUUAUUGUACGUUCGAUAUCAAUUAUAUUCUAUUGUUGUCUUAAUUUCUAUUUCCGUCGUCUUAAUAAAUGUCAUCUUUAUUAUUACUUGUUGCGUGUUGAAUUUCCCGCCUUAGAUUAAUUAGAUUAAAUGGUUCUUGUUCAAAAUCCUGCUUUUUUCCGUUAGGUUAGGUUAGGUUAAGUUUAGUUAGCCUUAGACUUUGUGCGAAAAAUGACUUAUUACGUUAAGUUUUAGUGUUUUUAUUUGUAUCCGCUAAUAUAAUUUUUUUUUUUAAGUGGGUUCGUGAUAAUUACUUAUUCCGUAUUUUUGCGAUUUAAUACUACCUUAGUGCGAUAAUAAAUAUAGUAUGUACAUCCUUAUAUUUAUGUACAUUCUCGUAUAACAAGUUUUUAUCAAAAAUUAGUA